GAUCAAUUAAAGAAUUGUGUGGGAUUAUGUUCAUUGGUAGACAAUAUUUUUAAGCUAAACACUUUUUUUCCAGGUUAUGGAACCACAAGUAAACAUUUUAAUCCAACUAUACAUCGUUCUUAUUUUUUGUAACUUCAUUCCCUUCCGUUUUGAAACCAUUUUCUUUUGAAAAAAUAAACUCUUUCAUCAAACAUGUAUAAUCAAAUUUUUUAGUCAAUACUUGUUUCAAUCGACAACAUCGACAAUCCAUUCAAUAUUACCGGUGACAUAAUCGACUGACUUUGCGAAAGCAAAAAAGCUUAACAUGGCCAAGUAUCUUAGAAUUUGGAUUUCUUUCUCGGAGAGCGAGACGAAGGAAGGCAAGAGAGAAAAGCAUCGAGCAUCAGUGAUCAUGGGUCAAGGACCAUCAGGUGGGUUGAAUCGGCAGGGAGAUCGAAAACCAGAUGGUGGAGAGAAGAAGGAGAAGAAGUUCGAGCCAGCCGCUCCACCGGCUCGUGUCGGGAGGAAGCAGCGGAAGCUCAAGGGACCUGAGGCGGCUUCCCGAUUGCCGACGGUGACUCCUUCUACCAAGUGUAAGCUUCGAUUGCUGAAAAUGGAGCGGAUCAAAGAUUAUCUGCUGAUGGAGGAAGAGUUCGUGUCGAAUCAGGAGCGGCUGAAACCUCAGGAAGACAAGGCUGAGGAAGAUAGAUCUAAGGUUGAUGAUCUUCGUGGGACGCCAAUGAGUGUUGGGAAUCUCGAAGAGCUUAUCGAUGAGAACCACGCUAUUGUUUCUUCUUCGGUUGGCCCUGAGUACUACGUUGGGAUUCUGUCUUUCGUGGACAAGGAUCAGCUCGAGCCUGGAUGCUCCAUUCUGAUGCAUAACAAGGUUCUCUCCGUUGUUGGGAUUCUCCAAGAUGAGGUUGAUCCAAUGGUGUCUGUGAUGAAAGUGGAGAAAGCUCCUCUGGAGUCGUAUGCUGACAUUGGAGGUUUAGAAGCUCAAAUUCAGGAGAUCAAGGAAGCAGUUGAGCUCCCUCUAACUCAUCCUGAGCUUUAUGAAGAUAUUGGAAUUAAGCCACCAAAGGGUGUGAUCUUGUAUGGUGAGCCUGGCACUGGGAAGACAUUGCUUGCUAAGGCAGUGGCGAAUUCUACAUCAGCUACAUUCUUGCGUGUUGUCGGUAGUGAACUGAUUCAGAAGUAUUUGGGUGAUGGUCCGAAGCUUGUGAGGGAGCUAUUCAGGGUUGCAGAUGACCUUUCACCAUCGAUUGUUUUCAUAGACGAGAUCGAUGCUGUUGGUACCAAGCGGUAUGAUGCACACUCUGGUGGAGAACGGGAAAUACAAAGAACCAUGUUGGAACUACUGAACCAGCUUGAUGGAUUUGAUUCGAGAGGAGAUGUUAAAGUCAUCCUCGCGACAAACAGAAUCGAAAGUCUAGACCCGGCACUUCUAAGACCAGGCAGGAUCGACAGGAAAAUCGAGUUCCCUCUUCCAGAUAUCAAAACAAGAAGACGUAUCUUCCAGAUACACACGUCAAAGAUGACUUUGGCUGAAGAUGUGAACCUAGAAGAGUUUGUAAUGACGAAAGACGAGUUCUCAGGAGCUGAUAUAAAGGCAAUAUGCACAGAAGCUGGUCUGCUUGCUCUAAGAGAGCGUCGAAUGAAAGUGACGCAUGUAGACUUCAAGAAGGCGAAGGAGAAGGUUAUGUUCAAGAAGAAAGAAGGAGUUCCUGAAGGUCUUUACAUGUGAGAGACGACACAAGUGUAUCAUUCUCUUAUUUUUUUUUCGAGUUUGCUCUCCAUUUACUGUUUCACUCCUGCUUAGGUUUUUUCUGAUCAUAUAAAAUCGUCUGCCUUAUGGUUUUCUUCCAAAUUGGCACCUUUUUUUGGUUUGCAUUCCUCAGAAGCUCCUCAUUAGAUAUAUAUUCGUUUAAAAAUUUCCACACUUUUCGUUAAACUAAAAUGUAUAUUUGAUGAAAAAGUAACCAGAGGACUAAGAACAUUGCGAUACAUUAUUUUACAUGGAGUAUAAACCAAGUACAUCU